GCAUCUCAGUAGAGAGAGAGAAGCAAAAGCAAAGAAUCGAAUCACGCUGUCCUCAGGUGGCGGUAGCCGUUUUCUUUCUCUCUCUAAAAUGACUCACAUUCUCUCUCUACAUGCGUAGAUACGCAGAUUGAGAUAGAUGCUUAUAUUCUUUUCCUCUUUUUUGCUCUCACUCUCCAUUAAAUACUGUCACUGUUGAUGUUUGGUCCAAGAAAGAGAUAAAGCUAGAGAGAGAUAGAAUCGUUACCAUUUCACUGAUCCAUUACAAUGGGCUCUUCGUCGAGGCAGAGUAACAGUUACGAUCUGUCCUUCAAGAUCUUGCUGAUCGGCGACUCCGGCGUCGGAAAGAGCAGUCUUCUCGUCAGUUUCAUUUCCAAUUCCAUCGAUAAUCUCGCUCCUACAAUCGGUGUGGAUUUUAAAAUCAAGCUGCUAACGGUUGGCGGGAAGAGAUUGAAGCUUACAAUCUGGGACACAGCUGGACAUGAGAGGUUCAGGACAUUAACAAGCUCUUAUUAUAGAGGUGCCCAGGGGAUCAUUCUUGUUUAUGAUGUGACACGGAGAGAAACCUUUACAAACUUGGCAGAUGUAUGGGCCAAAGAAGUAGAACUGUACUCCACCAAUCAAGAUUGUGUCAAGAUGCUUGUUGGGAACAAAGUUGACAGAGAAUCUGAAAGGGUUGUAAGUAGGGAAGAAGGGAUUGCUCUUGCAAAAGGACUUGGAUGUUUAUUUCUAGAAUGCAGUGCUAGAACGCGGGAAAAUGUGGAGCAAUGCUUUGAAGAGCUUGCCUUAAAGAUUAUGGAGGUUCCAAGACUUUUGGAAGAAGGGUCUACAGUAAAGGGAAGUAUCGUAAUGCCGAAACCAGAAAACCAGGCACCUUCUCCACCUCCUAGUGGUGGUUGCUGCUCAUGAAGUACUACCACCAACGCCCAAGUCCAGUAGUGGCACUGGUGAUGGGCACAUACGCCGAACUCCUCCCAUAACAAUGGAUGAUAACAUUGUUUAUAUGACAAUUUCUUUUCUUUUCUUUCCUUUUUUUCUUACUGCUGUUGUGCUAAAGUUGUCCCGGUCACAUUUACAGAUGUUCUGCUGUUCUGGGAGUGUAUGGACAAUCCAAUAACAUCCUUAUUAGCUUGUGUAAAGUUGUUUGCUUUGUUAUUUUUUUUUGUUUUUUUUUUGUAUCUUUUGUAUUUGUUAUUCUCCUCACCCAGGUUGUUACAGGAACAAAAUCGAAUGUAUUUUUUAUUUUAU